AUGUUCGGCGAUAGGAGACCCUCCUUGCCCAUGUACAAAGACAAGCCGUUUGCAGGCUCUUCCCGUAGACUGCCGUGGUUCAAAAGGAAACGCAUCCUCGCUGCCUUGCUGGUUGCCUUUACCACCACUUUUUAUUGGUUAGGCCUAUUUAGCACAUCGACUCCUAGUGUGCUCAAGACCAAGAAGCCUGCGAACUGGGAAGAGCGAAGGGAACAAGUAAGAGAUGCUUUCAAGCUGAGUUGGUCAGCAUACGAGCAACACGGCUGGGGCUAUGACGAGUUCAAGCCUGUCUCCCAGACAGGCCGUCAUAUGGUUGAUGGUGGUAUGGGAUGGAUCAUAGUAGAUGCUCUCGACACUCUGAUGCUCAUGAACCUCACUACCGAACUCUCGCACGCUAGAGACUGGGUUUCGACCUCUUUGAGCUACGACGUCGAUCACGAUGUAAACACUUUCGAGACCACCAUUCGCAUGCUCGGUGGUCUACUGUCUGCUCACUACAUCUCUACUACUUUCCCAGAUUAUGCUCCUUUGACGAGUCAUUCCGCUACUGGUGCUUCUAUCAGCGAGGACUUGUAUCUGGAAAAGGCUGCUGAUCUGGCCGAUCGUCUGCUCGGCGCAUAUGACUCGAACUCUGGUGUGCCGUAUGCGAGCGUCAAUCUCCAUACUGGAAAGGGAAUCCCGUCUCACGAUGAUGGUGGCGCCUCUUCGACCGCCGAAGCUACGAGUCUGCAACUUGAGAUGAAGUACCUGGCCAAGCUGACUGGCGAGGUACAUUACUGGGAGAAGGCUGAGAAGGUCAUGAAAGUUGUUGACGACAAUGGCAUGGAAGACGGUCUUUUGCCCAUCUUCAUCUACGCUCAGACUGGAAACUUCAGGGGAAACAACAUCAGACUGGGCAGUCGUGGUGACUCUUACUACGAAUACCUCAUCAAGCAAUAUCUGCAAACCUCGAAGCAAGAGCCCGUCUACCAAGAAAUGUGGGAUCAGUCUCUCGCUGGCAUUCAGAAACAUCUCAUCACAUACUCCUCAAAGGCCAACCUCACCAUUCUCGGUGAGCGCCCCAACGGACUUCACGAACCUAUUUCCCCCAAGAUGGACCACCUAGUCUGCUUCAUGCCCGGCACCAUCGCCUUAGGAGCCACCCAAGGCAAGACCCUCGCCGAAGCCAGAAAACUCUCCACCUGGGGCAAGAAACAAGAAACCGAAAUCGAACUAGCAGAACAGCUCAUGGAAACCUGCUGGGCAACCUACAAAGUCACCGCCACAGGCCUCGCCGCCGAAAUCACCCAUUUCGAAACCCACGACCCACCAGCCAUGAUGGCAGACGGCAUUCUCACAUCCCCAGAAACACUUUCCAGCGAUGCAGAAGCAGAGUGGAAGAAAGACUUGAUCAUCAAACCCGCAGACUCGCACAAUCUCCAGCGACCGGAAACGGUAGAAAGUCUGUUUUACAUGUGGCGCAUCACCAACGACGACAUCUACCGCGAGUGGGGCUGGGAAAUGUUUUCAUCGUUUGUAGAGCACACGGCCGUCGAUCACAAAGGUGGCUACACAUCCAUCAACGAUGUCAACAGCAUCCCUACUUCUGCAAGAGAUAACAUGGAAUCCUUCUGGCUUGCAGAAACGCUAAAGUACUUUUACUUGCUGUUUGGGCCUGACGAUGUGUUGCCUCUGGACAAAGUCGUUUUCAACACUGAAGCGCAUGCGUUCCCGAAUUUCGAGUUGGGGAAACUGUUCAAGACUGGUUGGGCGAGGAAACAGAGGGAUGCUCAGGGCAAGAUUGUGGAGGCGAAGAAGGUAGAGGAAAACGUGCAGAGGGAUGCGGUUACGGGGGAUGUCAGGAAAGGAGAGGAGAACAAAGAGAAGAAGAUCAAGACUGUGACGGUGGAGGGAGCGAAGACUCUGGCGGUGGAAAAGGCUGUCGAGGUUCAAGAGGCAUAG